GUCCCGGCGGCGGCCAGCGCUGGGCUCUUUUGCCGUGCCCCGCGGCACUGCCCCCACGCCAUCCGCACACACCCACUGGAAAAACAGCAGCCGCGCGUUACGGCGUUAGCGGCCAAGCCACUUUACGCCAGUGGCCGCCGGCAAGCGCGGUCAGGUCGGGACUCGACGGAGAGAGCUCUCAGCUUCUCCCGACCUAAGUAAGCUAGGUGGACAACGCCUGCAGGCUGCGGCACCAACGCGGCCUUCGCCGCGACCCCCUCCCCAUCUCCCUCCUCCCUACCAUGCGCGAGGGCGAGGCCCACGCCCACGCCCUCCCGUCGAAAACCCAGCUACUCCCGUGCCUCAAAGAUGACGAGCCGCGACAAGGUGGGGUGCUCCUCGAUCCCGCUGCCCCUCGACCGUGUCCUUGCCGCGCUGGUCGCCAGCACCCAGCAACUCGGGAGGGGGUGGGAGGCGGCCUUCCGCGUCCGAUGCGGGAAGGCAGCUGGAGCGGCGGUCGGGGAGGCGGAGGGGAAAGGAGAGGUUAUAGAGAUGCACACGCCGCUGUUCUACGCUACCUGCGCCCUCGGCGGCGUUCUCAGCACCGGCCUCACUCACCUCGCUGUAACGCCGCUCGACCUCGUCAAGUGCAACAUGCAGGUGGAUCCUAGCAAGUACAGGGACAUUACAUCUGCCUUUGGUGUCAUGCUCCAUGAGCAAGGACCCCGUGGCUUGUUCAGGGGAUGGAUGGCCACACUGGUUGGGUACAGCUGCCAGGGGGCCUGCAAGUUUGGGUUCUACGAGUUCUUCAAGAAGUGCUACUCUGACAUUUCUGGUCCCGAGAACGUUGAAAGGUUGAGGACUUUGAUCUACCUUGCAGCUUCCGCGUCCGCUGAGGUGAUUGCGGAUGUAGCUCUCUGCCCCAUGGAGGCUGUCAAAAUUCGGGUCCAGACACAACCGGGAUUUGCUCGCUGCCUGGUCGAUGGGCUUCCGAAGAUUGUCCAAUCUGAAGGUGCCUUUGGGCUUUACAAAGGUCUACUUCCUCUUUGGGGCCGCCAAGUUCCCUACACUAUGAUGAAAUUUGCUUGCUUUGAAACUAUUGUUGAGAUGGUCUACAAGCAUGCUGUUCCGAAACCGAAAGACCAAUGCAGUAAGCCACUACAACUAGCAGUGAGCUUUGCAGGGGGAUACAUUGCUGGAGUAUUCUGCGCGGCUAUAUCUCAUCCUGCAGACAACCUCGUAUCUUUCCUGAACAAUGCAAAUGGAGCCACCGUGGCAGAUGCUGUAAGAACUCUUGGAAUAUGGGGUCUUUUCACACGCGGCCUUCCUCUUCGUAUAAUUAUGGUUGGUACUCUCACAGGAGCGCAAUGGGCAGCCUAUGACGCGUUUAAAGUGUUUGUUGGACUGCCAACAUCUGGCGGAGUGGUUCGUAGCUGUGCUGCUGUGCCUCCUAUUCGCGCCAAGAGGGUGCACCGAGAAGACGUGCUAAACCAACGGAGAGUAGACGUACCGCAUUGAGAAGAUGUGCUGAACCAACAAAGCAGAAUAGGAAAUGUGUUGCGAUUUCACUGAGUUUUGUAGGAGUUCGAAACCAGUUGUUUAAGUUUUAGCUGGUAGAGCAAAAGAGCAUUCACUUUCAAGGGGCUUUUAUUGGAACCUCUUGAACAACAGACAUUGUAAUGAUAAACAGCUUUAGAAAUGCGCCAUGCCUGGUGUAGCAGUACACCAGCACCCCGUCUCU